AUGAGUAAUCUAGAAGAAACUUUGAAAAAUGUCCGUGUAGCUCUUAGUGAGAAUGAUGCAAAGAGGGCUCUUAAGUUAUUAAAACCUUUCAAGAAAUCAUUGUCAAGUGAAAAUAGCAAUAACCUUAUUCUAAAACAAGUGUAUGCAGAAGCAUACUUGGAACAUGGUCAGUUGGAAAAAGCAUACCCAAUAUUGGUUUCCUGUUGCGAAAUGGAUCCAACAGGGACUUCUGGAGGUUGUGAUAAAUUCUUUACUUUAGGCCAGAUUAUUGGUGGUAAGGAUGGCUUAGAGGUAAUGCAAAAGGGUAUAGAUAAUAUCUCAAUUAUUAAGGAGAUGACAAAAGAACACACAGAAAAAAUUGUAAGUGGACUCUUAUCCAUGAUUGAGAUAUGGAUGACUGAUUUGUGUAUGGAACCUAAUGCGGAAUCUGAAUGUGAACAAUUAAUUACAAAUGCUAUGGGAAUUUCUAGUGAAUCUUCUCCAGAAGCGUGGUUAACCUUGGGUUCUAUUAGAAUUUCUCAGCAACGUUUUAGUGAUGCCACAAAUGCAUUUACGCAAGCUUGGAAGUAUUUCGAGAUAAAGAAGAACGAAGCUGGGAAAGCAGCAUUAGACAAUGGCGCACCAACUCACGAGGAAUAUGCCGAAAUGUUACAACCUUUAAGUUCAUUGGCUAAGAUGUGUAUGGAAGUAGGUUUGUAUGACGUUGCAUUGAAGGUCGAGAAUGCUAUUAAAGAUAUCGAUGAAGAUAAUUUGGAAGGUUACUACCUGGAAGGUUUCACAAAUUAUCUUAUAUGUAAAAUUGAGACUUUUAAGGUACAAAACCCAAAUAUCGAUCUAACUCCCGAAAAUAUUUAUGAAUUCAAUCAACAUAUACAGGAAAUCCCAUUGCAAUUAGAAAAUGAGGCGAUCGCAGAACCAUUACACGAAGCAAGAGUUGCAUUAAGUUUUGCUAAGAGGCUUGGUGAUAAUAUUGAUUCUAAGGAUGAGGUUGCAAAUGAAUUGGUAUCUGGUACUGUCGCUUUGCUGGGUGAAAUCGGGGGUCCUGUUAGUGAUGAAGAAUUACAACAGCUGAGGAAAGGUGUUGCCGUCGAUGGUGAAAUUGAUGAAGAAAUAGAUAUUGAGUACCUUUCUGAAGAUGAUGGUAAUUAA